GGUACAAUACCACCACGCCGCGACCACAACUCCCACGGAAAUAUCGCACCCUUGAACUUGAUGGGGCGCCGACGCGGCCACCCCUCUCCUCGUCCGCCGGCGGCGAUUGCCGGCAGUGAUCCACCCGGUGGUCCUUCGAUCCCAGAACCUACGUCCGGAGUAAAAGGUUCGACCUCGAGGAAGCGACAACGCAGCGGACGAAAGAGAUCUCCCUCUCCCUCGAAGAUUUUUUCAACUCCGGCGGAGUCAAUUCCCAGUAUAGGUUCCAGCUUCGGCAACUAUGCAGCAUAUGCAGCAGAGAUCUUGGUACUGUUUGAGACGCCCUCUGGCUUCACAGUUUUCUCGAUGAAGGAAUACUACCUCAACCAACAAGACGCUAUGAAGAAUAUCUGGGCAAUCUUUGGCGAGGAUUUUAGGUCACGAGGGAUCGCUCGGCUGAAAGAGUUCCAAAUGUUCAAUGACAAGUCCAGUGCUAUUAAUCAUGUUACCGGUGUCAGUAGAGAGCUUAGUGAGAUGAUCUCGCGCUAUCACCACCCUUAUCAGACACUGGCCGUUGGAAAAUCUGAAUAUAAAGGAAUCAUUGAAAAAAGCUUGUCGGGUGUACCUUGCCGCUUCGAUGAAGCUGUGCUGGAGGUGAUGUGGGGUCUGAAGAAUCUCAUGGAUAGUUUGGUUCCUGAAGAAGAACUGAAGCUGACGCAGGAGGACCGCUUGCCAAUGAGCCAAGGACUAAAAAUGUUCCUUGAUCGUCAUGGCUUUGAUGUCAAACCAGAGAUGGUUAGUUCAAAAGUUGUCUUUAUGUAUGAGAUGAAAUGUUUUGUGCUUUAUUAUUACACUAUUAUUAUCUGAUACUUUGUGCAAUGUGCACAUAGAAUCCUUGAUUGUCCCUGCCCAAAACUCUUGGUGUGAUA